AUGUCUUACUCCUUUCCGGGAAGCAAACCCUUUGAGUACGGUUUGCGUCCACAUAGCGUGAGGUGCAAGGCGUUGGUCUCGCCCAGCCGGGUCUUGGGCGCGGCGGCGGCAGCCGCGUCACUGGCGGGCGGGAUCCCUCCGCUCUGGGGAGGCAGCGCUGGCGGCGGGGUUGGGGCCACUGAGGAAAUCCAUCCGCGCCGCCGCCGCCGCCGCCUCCGCCGCGGAGGAAGACAGCGCCGCCCGCGCGCCGCCAGCGACCCCCGCCGCAGAGUCCCACCGCCACAGGUACCUCCGCUGGCAAAAGGAGUCCUCGCGCCCCCCAGCCCCAAUUUCCCGCAGGGGAACCUCUCUUCCUUCGGUCUCCCCGGGCUGGCCUCCGGGGAGCGGACAAUCUGGGGGCUGCUGAGGGCCCUGCGGGGUGAUGGGGACCGAGAGCUGAGAGCGUCGCCCCCGCCCCCAGUUUCUUCCUCCAGCCCUGCUUCCUUCUGCCCUGGGCCUCCGGCGGAACGCCCUGUGCCUGGGGGAAGUGGGAGCUGGGUGGGGGACGCCUGGGUCGGCCGAGUGCAGUGUGUACGGCCGGAUCGCACAGGUGUCCCGCGGGUGGGGAAGGACUCAGGCGCCCGGAGCGGAGCCAGCCAAGCCUCUGGGGCCCGGGCGCGAGCCCGCUGGCUGGGCCCCCCAGGUGUCCAGGGCGCCGGGGCCAGGCCGCCUGGGGCCUCCCGCCCGCGCCUGGGAGAGAGCAGCUCCGCGCCUCGGGGCCGGGGACCUCGUUGCGGAGCCGUAAUUACUCGAGAGCGGCUCCCACGGGCUUUCUGCGGGCGCGGCGGGGCGGGCGGUCUCUGCGCUGGAGGGAGCAGCGGGCUCGGGGCUGCCUUCCCCGCCGUUGUCACCCCCACCCGCGGCGGACAGCUAAUGGGGCGCAGCCGGACCAGGGAUUAUCCGGGGUGCUUGGAGGGCGGUGCCGGUGCGGGCUGGGGCAGACGCCAGGUCUGUUUUCGAAGGGACACCCCCCCCCCCCAGUUCCUGCCGCGGUUGUCCCGCCCGGGCUGUGUCCGAGGGAGGGGUUUCCCCUGCGCUUCCUCUUGCACUUCCCGCUCCGUUUCCGGGGGGCGGGAGGAAGAUUGGGGAAGUCGGCUCUUACUCGGCGACGUCUCCGUUGCCGGAGACCCUGGUUGUGCCGCCGCCCCUCCCCCCUCCCCUUGCUUACCCCUUCCGGGCCGUGCUGCAACCCCGCCUUUCCCCCCACUUCCCCGGCGGCCUCGGGCCUGACGUCAGCCCUGCAUC